AUGAUGUCCCAGCCUGUGAUUUUGGCACAGCCGCAGCAGGUUGUGGUUGUUCAGCCACAACGGGGCCAGUGGCAGACGGGGUUAUGUGACUGCUGCAUUGACUGCGGAGUGUGCUGCUGCGGAUUUUUUUGCUACCCUUGUUUGGGAUGCCAGGUUGCUGCCGACAUGAAUGAAUGCUGCUGCUGUGGCUCAACCAUGGCGAUGAGGUCUGUUUACAGGACCAAAUACAAUAUCCCAGGAUCGCUCUGUAAUGACUUUUGCACUGUCCUUUGGUGUCCUGUUUUUUCCCUUUGCCAGAUAAAGCGGGAUAUCAACAGGAGGCGAGACUUAGGAAUCUUCUAG